UCCGCCGUCCGUCCCGCCCACGUCCCGGCCGCAGCCAGCAGCUCGCGCUUGGCUCGGUUUUGGUAGCGGGACCCAGAAAAUGUAAAGCAUGCGCAGGAAGAGUCGCCAGGGUGAGUGACAGGCGAGCCCUGUGCUUUACUUCCGAGGGCGGUGUCAGCAAAGCUAGAGACUCAGAGGUUCCAGCUGAGAUCAAGUUGGGAGACACACUCUUGUUCAUUCUCCUUGAGAAGCAGCCAUUAUCAACAGAACAUUGAUAGAACCUGUGUUUGGGGAAAGGCCUGAUGGCUUUGAGUCUAGGUUGGAAAGCACCCAGGAAUCGCUGUGGUCUCCUCUUGCAGGCUAUGCGAAGCAGUGGUCUUCUCUUGUUUCCCUGUGGCCGGUGUCCCUGGAGGGGAGCUGGAAGCUUUUUGGAUCCUGAGAUAAAGGCUUUCCUGGAGGAGAACACUGAAGUCACCAGCAGUGGUAGCCUCACCCCUGAAAUCCAGUUGCGGCUUUUGACCCCCAGAUGCAAAUUCUGGUGGGAGAGAGCUGACCUGUGGCCCCACAGUGAUCCUUACUGGGCAAUCUACUGGCCAGGAGGCCAAGCCCUGUCUAGGUAUCUUUUGGAUAAUCCUGAUGUUGUCAGAGGAAAAUCUGUAUUAGAUCUUGGGAGUGGUUGUGGAGCGACAGCUAUUGCUGCUAAGAUGAGCGGGGCAUCAAGGAUCUUGGCCAAUGACAUAGACCCUAUUGCAGGAAUGGCUAUUACACUAAAUUGUGAAUUGAACCGACUGAAUCCUUUUCCUAUUUUAAUCCAAAACAUUUUGAAUUUGGAACAAGAUAAGUGGGACCUUGUUGUUCUUGGCGAUAUGUUUUAUGAUGAAAACCUUGCAGAUAGUCUUCAUCAGUGGCUGAAGAAGUGCUUCUGGACCUAUAGAACUCGAGUACUGAUUGGUGACCCUGGGCGGCCCCAGUUCAGUGGACACAGCAUUCAGCAUCACCUGCACAAAGUGGUAGAAUAUUCACUUUUGGAGCCUACUAGGCAGGAAAACAGUGGACUGACAACAAGCACAGUGUGGGAUUUUCAGCCUUGAGUUGUCGAAGUGCUUCCAAGUAUGAAUAUAGUAAUGUUUGGAUCUGACUCUGAAAGUUUUCUCUAUAGGAGAUACUCUCCAGUUUAAUGAAUGUAAUUCUUGUUAAACGGCAAAUCUUGUUUUUAAAAUAUGAAGGUUUAGAGUUUUGCUUACUUUUGUCAUGUAACUGGUUCUGUAUUUCUAUGCAUGCCAAUUAUACACAUCUCUAUCUGCAUUUUUUUCUAUUUUAACCACUGAAAAAAUAUGAUUAUACAAUGCCAUACUCAAUGGUGGCAGCAUUUAAGUAAUGCAGAGGAAUGAAACAUUGUAGCCGGAUCUGUUUCUGUAGUUGAGAACAACUGUGAUGUAACUUUUAAUUAAACAAACAAAACAUAGAAGAAUAUAUAUAUUUUUUCUUUUUUUAGAGACAGAGUCUCUGCUCCCAGGCUGGAAUGCAGUGGCUAUUCAGAGGCUUAAUCAUUGAGCACUGCAACCUUGAACUCUGGGCUUUUUUUUUUUUUUUUUUGAGAUGGAGUCUCGCUCGUUGCCCAGGCUGGAGUGCAGUGGCCGGAUCUCAGCUCACUGUAGCCUCCGCCUCCCACAUUCAAGUGAUUGUCCUGUCUCAGCCUCUGGAGUAGCUGGGAUUUUAGGUGUGCACCACCAUGCCUGGCUCAUUUUUGUAUUUUUAGUAGAGACUGGGUUUUGCCAUGUUGGCCAGGCCAGUUUCAAACUCCUGACCUCAGGUGAUCCACCCGCCUUGGCCUCCCAAAGUGCUAGGAUUACAGGUGUGAGCCACCACACCAGCCUAACAGUGUUCUUUAUUUCGAUCACUUCCUUUUGAUUUUUUCUUAUAGCUUCUAUCUCUGCUUAUGUCACCCAUCAUUCUUGCAUGUUGUAUGCUUUUCACAUUAGAGCCCUUUGCAUGUUAAUCAGUUAUUUUAAAUUUAUGAUCUGAUAAUUCUAAAAUGUCUACCAUAUCUGAGUCUGGUUCUGAUGCUUGUCUUUCCAGACUGUUUUUUUGUCUUUUAGCAUGCCUUGUAAUUUUUUGUUGAUAGCUAGACAUGAUGUAUUGGAUAAAUAAGCAGGUAAACUAA